CCAGGGGUGAAAGAUGGAAGCUGGACUGUGCUGCAGCUUGUGGAAGCCCUGGGCUCUUGCCUGGAGAACACAGAUCCUCGGACGCGAGGGCGUGGCAUCCAGCUGCUGUCACAAGUCCUGCUCCAGUGUUACUCCCUGCUCCAGGAGAAGGAAGUGCUGCACCUGGUCCUGUUCUAUGAGAAUCGGCUGCAAGAUCAUCACCUCGUGAUCCCCUCGGUGCUCCAGGGACUCCGAGCACUGAGCAUGUGUGAGGUGCUGUCCCCGGGGCUAGCAGUGUCUGUGCUCAAAGCUAUCUUCCAGGAGGUACACGUGCAGUCCCUGAUGCAGCUGGACCGCCACACAGUCUACAGCAUCAUCACCAACUUCAUGGGCACCAGGGAGGAAGAGCUGAAGGGCCUGGGUGCCGACUUCACGUUUGGCUUUAUCCAGGUGAUGGACGGGGAGAAGGAUCCCCGCAACCUGCUGGUGGCCUUCCAGAUCGUGCAUGAUCUCAUUACCAAGAACUACACCCUGGGUCCCUUUGUGGAGGAGCUGUUUGAAGUGACAUCCUGCUACUUCCCCAUUGAUUUUACUCCACCCCCCAAUGACCCUCACGGCAUCCAGAGAGAAGACCUGAUCCUCAGCCUCCGGGCCGUACUGGCCUCCACACCCCAAUUUGCUGAGUUCCUGCUCCCUCUGCUCAUUGAGAAGAUGGACUCAGACCUGCAAAGUGCCAAGCUUGACUCCCUGCAGACUCUGACUGCCUGCUGUGCCAUCUACGGGCAGAAGGAGCUGCAGGAAUUCCUCCCCAGCCUCUGGUCGUCCCUGCGCAGGGAGGUGUUCCAGACAGCAAGUGAGAAGGUCGAGGCGGAGUGCCUGGCCGCACUGCACAGCCUCUCUGCCUGCCUCUCCCGCUCCGUGCUCAGCUCUGACACCGAGGACCUGCUGGAUUCCUUCCUUGGCAGCAUCCUGCAAGAUUGCAGGCACCAUCUGUGCGAGCCCGACAUGAAGCUGGUGUGGCCAAGUGCCAAACUCCUGCAGGCAGCAGCAGGUGCCUCCCUCCGUGCCUACCACCGCGUCACCCGCAGCGUCCUGCCCCUGCUGCUGGAGCAGUACACCAAGCACCCGCAGAGCAGCCAGAGGAGGACAAUCUUGGAAAUGCUGCUGGGCUUCCUGGAGUUGCAGCAGAAGUGGGGACAUGUGGAAGAAGAUGAGAGCACUCUGCUGUCACUCCGAGCCCCGAUUUGCUCUGUGGUAUUCUCGGCGCUGACGGAUCCCAGUGUGCAGCUGCAGCUCGUCGGGAUCAGGGCACUGAUUGUCCUGGGCUCCCUGCAAGGCUUCCUGUCUCCCUCUGACCUGGAGCUGGUUGUGGAUCACCUCAUCCGUCUCGCUCUGCAUGAGGAGGAUUCCCAGAGCAGCGAAGCAGCGAUGGAGGCAGCUGGAUCUCUGGCCCCCCUCUACCCAAAGGUUUUCUCUGGACGCAUGGUACCCAGGCUUGAAGAGGAGCUGCAGUCAGAGCGGGAGGAGGAGAGCUCCCGCGACCACUGCUCCCUGCAGCAGCGCUGCCUGCAGGCCCUGGCAGCCGUGUCUAUCCACACCAGCAUCGUGAGGGAGACUGUCCCUGUCCUGCUGCAGCAUCUCCGGAAGGUGCAGAAAGGGAGCAAGGCCAGGAACACCCAGGACGUGGUCUCUGUGUGCCAGAGCCUGCACCGUGUGGCCCUGCAGUGCCAGCAGGAUGCGGAGGGUUGCUGGUACUACCACCAGACAGUGGUGCCCUGCCUGCUGGCCAUGGCUGUACAGGCUGCCACGCAAGAGAGCACCCACCCGCUGCUGGGCAAGGCACUGCUGGAGGAAGAGGUGCUGGCUGCCAUGGUCCCCGUCAUCAGCGCUGCCACCACUCACCUGAGCCCUGAGCUGGCUGCCCAGAGCGUCUCUCACGUGGUGCCCCUCUUCCUGGACGGGGAGGUCUCCUUCCUGCCCCAGAACAGUUUUCCCUGCUCCUUCCAGCCCUUCGAGGAUGGGGAGUGCUUGGAGGCACAGAGACGUCUGGUCGUCCUCCUCAUGGCCUUCGUCUGCUCCUUGCCCCGCAAUGUGGCAAUUCCUCAGCAGGAACGGCUGCUCCGGGAGCUGCUGGCGCUGAGCUGCUCCUGCAACUGCCCCUUCACAGCCACCACAGCUGCCAAGUGCUUCGCAGGGCUGGUGAACAAGCACCCGGCGGGGCAGCAGCUGGAUGAGAUCCUGCAGCUUGCAGUGAACAGGAUGGAGCCCGGCCUUGCGGAGGGGCCCCGCCGAACACAGGCACUCACCCUGCUGCUCUGGGUGACCAAAGCCCUGGUGCUGCGCUACCACCCCCUGAGCUCCCGCCUGACGGACAAGCUGCUGGGCCUGCUGGGCGACGUGGAGCUGGGCCCCGCUGCGGCCGAUGGCUUCUCCCUGCUCAUGGCCGAGUCCCCGGACGUGCUGCACAAGGACUGCCACGCUGACGUGCGCAUCAUGUUCCGCCAGCGCUUCUUCACUGACAACGUCCCCAAGCUGGUGCAGGGCUUCCACGGGGCUGGCCCCGACGUGAAAGCCAAUUACCUGAAGGGCCUGUCCCAUGUGCUCAACCACCUCCCCAAGCCCGUGCUGGUGACGGAGCUGCCCACGGUGAGAGCCAGCCUUGGCAGGGGGGAUUGUGGCAGUGCAGAGUGCACGGCUGGGAGUUACUCAUGUCUCCUGUGUCCUCCCCACCCGCAGCUGCUCUCCCUCCUGCUUGAGGCUUUGUCCUGCUCGGACCGCGUGGUGCAGCUCUCCACGCUGAGCUGCCUCCAGCCCCUGCUGCUCGAAGCUCCCCAGAUCAUGAGCCUGCACGUCGACACACUGGUCACCAAGUUCCUCAGCCUCGCCUCCAGCCCCACCAUGGCUGUCCGCAUUGCUGCCCUGCGCUGUGCCUAUGCGCUUACCAGCCUGCCCACAACAGUGCUGCUCCCGUACAAGGCCCGAGUUAUCCGGGCGCUGGCCAAGCCUUUGGAUGACAAGAAGAGGCUGGUGCGGAAGGAGGCGGUGGCAGCACGGGGGGAAUGGUUCCUGCUGGGGAGCCCGGGCAGGUGAACGCCCUGCAUCCCCUCCCUGUGCUGACCGACAAUCUGACCGGGCCCCCGCUAACCCAUCCAACCGAUGCCACAGACCCUUGGAGCCCAGUACUGCCCCGAGUGUCGGGGCUGGAGCAUGGGGGCCGGCAGACAGCACCCCUCACUGCGGCACCUUCCCG